UGUUGCCCCAACUUAUUCAUCCCUAACCAAGGUUUCACCCUAAUCAUUCCUCGCGGGGCGGCUCUAUUGCUCCUCGCCGCCGCCAGGUCUGCCGCCGAUGAAGGACAAAGAAGAAAGGGAAGGAUCUGAUGCCGCCGGUCACCUCUGGUGACUAUCAAGGAAGUUGAAGCUGCGAAGAAGGCUUGCGAGGAUGCUACUGCCGUCAUCAACGACCGCCGUGCUAACGGCAACCUCGCCGCCCUCUGUGUUCGACGCCAGCAGAGUUCUCGUGGGUGAAGGAUUAUCUCCGCGGAGCGGAUUAGAAGAUCGGGGUGCAACGCCGGUCAAUACUUUCGUUGCUUUCCCGUCACAAUUCCAGGAUUGCAGCGCCGGUCAGAUUGUGGUGUCGGAGGUAGGCGGCAUGGAUUCCUUCUUCCUCCUCGAGUUCGCGAUGGGUGGCAGCGACAAUGGGCGUGGCACUAGGGCUGCAAAUGAGCCGAGCGGCUCGGCGUUCGACUCGAGAAGAGCU